CGACAACUUCCGAUCUUGUUGUGACUGGAAUCAAAUCUACUAUUACUUCUACUACCCAUGACUCCUCGUAAAGGAAAACUGAGCGAUAUCAACCCUUCAGACUUGUCGCAUGCUGACAAGGCUGAUGACCCUGCCCUGGCUAUUCUCAAGAAAAAGGCAUCUCCAAACAAACUUUUGGUUGAUGAUGCCACAAACGACGAUAACUCUGUCUGUGCCAUGAGCACUGCUACCAUGGAGCUGCUGCAACUGUUUAGAGGCGACACUGUUUUGCUCAAGGGAAAAAUGCGUAGAGAUACUGUUUUGAUUGUUCUUGCAGAUGACGAAAUCGAAAAUUCUCGUAUUCGCAUUAACAAAGUUGUUCGUGGGAAUCUGCGUGUACGCCUUGGCGAUGUUAUUUCUGUUCAUCCCUGUGUUGAUAUCAAAAACGGUGCUCGAAUCCAUGUUCUUCCCAUUGAUGACACUAUUGAAGGUCUCACUGGAAACAUUUUUGAUAUUUAUCUAAAGCCCUAUUUCUUGGAAGCAUACAGACCUGUUCGCAAGGGAGACUUGUUCAGUGUUCGCGGUGCAAUGCGUGUUGUAGAGUUCAAGAUUGUUGAAGUUGAUCCUGGACCAUACUGUAUUGUUGCACAAGACACUGUUAUACACUGUGAGGGAGAUCCUAUCAAGCGUGAAGAGGAGGAACAGAGUCUGUCUCAGGUCGGAUAUGACGAUAUUGGUGGAUGUCGCAGACAGCUCGCGCAGAUUCGUGAGUUGGUUGAGCUUCCUCUUCGUCAUCCACAACUGUUUAAGAGCAUUGGCAUCAAACCUCCGCGUGGUAUUCUCAUGUUUGGUCCCCCUGGUACGGGCAAAACUCUGGUUGCUCGUGCCGUUGCCAAUGAAACCGGGGCCUUUUUCUUUUUGAUCAAUGGUCCUGAAAUCAUGUCCAAAAUGGCCGGUGAGUCUGAAAGUAAUCUCCGCAAGGCUUUUGAAGAGGCAGAAAAGAACAGUCCUGCUAUUAUUUUUAUCGACGAAAUUGAUGCCAUUGCUCCCAAGCGUGAAAAAACCAAUGGUGAGGUCGAGCGUCGUGUCGUUUCACAGCUACUUACUCUCAUGGACGGUCUCAAGGCUCGCUCCAACGUUGUUGUAAUGGCUGCCACCAAUCGUCCCAACUCGAUUGAUCCUGCCUUGCGACGCUUUGGCCGUUUUGAUCGCGAGAUCGACGUUGGCAUUCCUGACCCUACUGGCCGUCUUGAAAUUCUUCGUAUUCACACCAAAAAUAUGAAGCUUUGCGAUGAUGUUGAUUUAGAACAGAUUGCAUCCGAAACCCAUGGCUUUGUUGGUUCUGAUAUGGCUUCGCUCUGCUCUGAGGCUGCUAUUCAGCAGAUUCGUGAAAAGAUGGAUUUGAUUGAUUUGGAAGAGGACACUAUUGAUGCUGAGAUUUUGGACAGUCUUGCUGUUACCAUGGAGAACUUCAGAUAUGCUUUGGGCAUCUCCAAUCCUGCUGCUCUUCGGGAGACCAUUGUCGAGGUUCCCAAUACCAGCUGGAAUGACAUUGGUGGACUAGAAAAGGUUAAACAGGAACUGCAAGAGACUGUCCAAUAUCCCGUCGAGCAUCCCGAAAAGUUUCUCAAAUUUGGUAUGUCUCCCAGCAAGGGUGUUCUUUUCUACGGCCCUCCAGGCUGUGGCAAAACUCUUCUUGCAAAGGCGAUUGCCAACGAAUGCCAAGCCAAUUUUAUUAGUAUUAAAGGUCCUGAGCUACUUACCAUGUGGUUUGGCGAGUCUGAAGCCAAUGUUCGCGAUGUUUUUGACAAGGCGCGUGCUGCUGCUCCCUGUGUUAUGUUCUUUGACGAACUUGACUCUAUUGCCAAGGCUCGUGGAGGAGGUGGUGGUGGAGACGGUGGUGGUGCCGGUGACCGUGUGCUUAAUCAGAUCUUGACCGAAAUGGAUGGUAUGAAUGCAAAAAAGAACGUUUUUGUUAUUGGUGCUACAAACAGACCCGAUCAAAUCGAUGGUGCUCUUUUGCGACCUGGCCGUCUUGAUCAGCUUAUUUAUAUUCCACUUCCAGAUGAGGCAUCUCGACUUUCCAUUCUCAAGGCUACUCUCAGAAAGUCGCCUGUUUCUCAAGAAGUUGACCUUCAUUUUAUGUCCAAGGCCACACACGGAUUCUCUGGUGCUGAUUUGACUGAAAUCUGUCAACGUGCUUGUAAAUUAGCCAUUCGUGAAUCUAUUGAAAAAGAAAUUAGCAAGGAACGUGUACGCAAGGAGGCUCAGGCUCGCGGCGAAGAUCUUAUGGAAGCUGAUGGUGAAGAUGAAGAUCCUGUUCCCGAAAUCACUCGUGCUCAUUUUGAAGAAGCCAUGAAAUACGCUCGUCGAUCCGUCUCUGAUAACGAUAUUCGCAAGUACGAAAUGUUUGCACAAAAUUUACAGCAACGUCUUGGAUUUAGCGGAUCGUUUAAAUUCCCUACACCUACCGGCGAAGGUAUUACCGGUGGUAGCGGUACUACCGGAGCCACUGCUUCUGGAUUUGAAGAGCAGGCUGGAGCUGAUGACGAUCUAUAUUCAUGAUCAUCUCAGUUUUCUAGCCUAUUGGUGUUGUUUUUCUGUAAUCUUUGCUUGCAAAAUUUAAAAAAGACAAGAAUAUGCUUCCUUGUUUGCUUUCGAUUCUAUCUGGUCUUGUUGGAAUUAAAUUUAUUUGCAAUCUUAAAUCAACUCACCACCCAAAAAUCCAGCCUGCUUUGCCUUUUGCUUGAGAUUGACAACCAAUAAAUUUUCGAUACUGUCGCUUAUACUAAAACCUUGGCAUUUGAUUCCAUCCAUUCUUUGGUAAUUAGAUCAUUUUAGACAGUUGAAAAUAUGGAUGUUUUGGCUUGAAACACACCAAGAGGGACUACUAAUCAAAUGGCAACCACAGCUGCAUUGUCUAGAGGCUGUAAAAAAGUAUGACCACUCUUCAGUUCCAUAUCAGCAAUGUUUACCGAGUAUUUACUACGCAUGUGAGCAGCAAUCUCUUCAACACGUUGGUGUUUGCAUUGCAGAGCAUAUGCAUACAGUUUUUUCCAAAUAGCAAUAUGUGUGUGAGAGUGUAGCUUUUCAAAUUUUUUGGCAUAUGAAAUAGCACCGUCGAUAUCUUGUGCAAUACAGUAGGCUUCUAUGACCAAUACGUAAACAACGGGCAUUGGUUUAAAUUUCGUCAUGUUCAAUAGCUUUAAAGCAAUUUUAACCGAUGCAGGAUCUCCGUGGUAGCAGUAUCCAUUCGCCAGAAUCAGCCAAAGCUUUCUUUUAGAAAUGUUGUACUGCUUCGACAUUUUAUGCACAUGGUUCAGAUUUUUACAAUCAGUAAG